CACGCCAUGAUAGGAAGGUAGGCUAUUCAGUUACCACAGCCGCAUUGGAAUGCUGGUUAACAAGUGUUGAGUCAAGUCAGAGAUUAGUGACACACCUUUUUUUUUAUCAGCCAAGCAGUAUCACAAGUUGAUCCCUUUUCGUAGCCUGUACCUAAGUCAUCGUACACUAAGUUAUUUUUUGCCGGUCUGAAGUGUCCGGUUAGUCUGAAACUGGUCACCUCAAGUGAUGAGGGCAGGACCCACUGAUACACUGUGCCUUCAGUGACAGACAAACGGGAAUUAUCCAGGACAUCUUGUGACGGCCUCGGAACACCUCUCCAGAUAACAGUCUGAGGUGUGCGCUGUGCAAUGAGUGCCAAAUCAGCCAUCAGCAAGGAGAUAUUUGCUCCACGGGACGAGAAGAUGCUUUCUGCUGCACAGGUGAAGAGGCGAACAAAGAAAAAGAUCCCCUUUCUGGCCACUGGUGGUGUGGGAGCCUACAGCACCUUCAUCUGCCUGUCAGUGACCAAUAAGAAGCCCCAGCAACUCUACCUUACCAAGGUAAAACAAUUUGAAGGCUCCUCCUCCUUUGAAAAGAGGUCUCAAUGGACAGUGGAACAGCUACGUCAGGUCAACGGCAUUGACCCUAAGCAAGACUGUCCGGAGUUUGACCUGGUGUUUGACGGCGGCUCGGACCAGUGGCAGGCGUCUUCUUCGACAGAGAAGAGCAUGUUCAUCCAGAUCCUCCAUCACUACUGUCAGAGAUACUGCACCGUCCGCAAGCCCGACUUCAUCAACUGCCCGUCUAGACUGGUGGGAGGUCAGUCAGUUUGUUCAGUCGUUUUCCAUUGCAAGAUCUUUUUGAACAGAUUGAGGAAUGUGAUGGUUUCAAACCAAGGUCGCCAUCACUUCAAAGGUACGAGAGCGGCGCAGGCCUCGGUGAACGACGCGGGCAGCGCGGCGCAGAAGGCCAGACAGGCGCUGAGCGAGCGCGGGGACCGCCUCGCGCGGACGGAGGAGAAGACCGAGGAGAUGAUGAACAGCGCCCAGCAGCUCUCCGACACGGCGCACAAGCUUGCCAUGAAAUACAAGAACUAAUGACUUCUGGAUCUGCUGUAACAUUCAGGGACCUUUUCCAGAUUUAAUACCUUUUUUAAAAAAAACAAACAUUUUUAAACAAAAUUAUUAUUUUGGUUAAUAUGAAUAACAAUUUCCUGUAAUGUGUUAGUGGAGGUUGGUCUCCUAACAGCUCUAGCUGCAGUCCUCACUCAGAGCUCGCCCCUACACCUCACACCACAGGACAGUGAGUCGCGACAGGGCCCAUUGCUUUAAUACAGAACCCAGUGCCCGAACACCUCCACCACAGAAUGUGAGUGUUGUCCAAAUCCAGGUCUCCAUUGACAGACCUGGCUGAGAAAAUCGGGGGGGAAGAUGCUUCACCUCUUGUGCAUUUAUUUGGCUUGGCUGAACUCUGAAUUCUUUCUCCUGACCAAUAUGGAGAUAAAAAAUGACAGGAAGCAGGACUGUUCCUACUGUCACUCAAACAAGCAUGAGCAUCUAUGGCCCUGAAACAUCUAGAUUUCAGUUGUUAGUACUAACACAGUGCAUUGUGAGUGGGCUGUGGGUUUGCUCAUCAGUACCCCAACUGCUACCUCAGCUUGAAGCUGUAAGGCUCUGCUGCCUUGGGGGUCCUCAAACAACUGCCAGAAACAUGCAGCGUACAUUACAUUUACGCUCUGCGCUUGUGAAAAUAACCACAGCGUGUACAAUUGGUUUCGGUGCCCUGAUCCGGCCCAAAGAAAAUCUGGCUGUCGGGGCCCUGUGUGCGGCUUCGUCUGAGGGCCCAACAAACGGCGGCUGUUUCAGCUUGUUAGCAGCGGUGCGGAACCCGCCAGUCAAUUCCGUUCAAUUCAGAGUGGCUUGAUUGGCGUGACUCGGCAGAACUGUCGCCUGCUCUCGGUGUCACGGGAACCGCAGGCAGCAGAGUCCUGCUCCCGCAGCUUCUGCGGCUGCCGUUUGGCCCGUGUUACUGUGGCGACGGAGGAGAGACACAGUUGCUCUACUGUGCUUUAGAGAGCCAUCUGGCAACUGGAUUGACCAUAUUUGUCAGUGGUUUAUUAGAAGGGGUUGAUGUGACCACGUUGGUUAGGUGAUUGUGAGUAACAGUUGGUUGGACUGCGUUCGUCCAGGUAUUUGUGUUGCGGUUGCUUUGACUGACUUGGUUAGUUUGUUGGGGGUGGUUUGCACUUGUUAGUCACACAGUCAGUUUGCAGUGUGUUUUGCACCAUAAGGAUGUAUUUGGUGUUUUUUUUUUCCUCACUUUUUAUUGAGAUAACCAUGUUGGCUAUCUCUGGACUGGUUCACUAUUUCCUGUGGUUAACACUUAUCUGUUUAGAGUUUCUUUUUCCAUCUGCAGUCUCAUGUAACAGAAGCCUGUGAACCGAUCAUCUGAAUUCCUCCAUGUUUACUUCAACCUGUAUCAUUACCAUUUCUUUGUUAUUAUACGGUGAUUUAUGACAUGUAUGAUAUUAUUUUGAUAUUGACUUUUUAUGUUUUCAUUUUUUGCUGACAUACCCCUUUUGGUGUGUUCAUUUUUUAACAGAAGUUUUGCUGUACACGGCUUCAUACUGAUGAAGUGUAGGCUAAAUGUGCUGUUCUUCACUCGAGGCAGCUUUUUAAUUUUUUAAAUUUAUGUUUGUCUUCUUUUUUUUGCUCAUAAAUCCCUCCAAACAUCUAA